AUGAGAGAAAUAUAUUUAAUAUUAGGCGCCGUCAUAGCGGCUAUCGGGCUAAACAUUGGACCGGUGGGGGCCGAGUGCGGGUACGCCGCCUGUCCGGUGACCGACCCAUCGAAGCUAAACAUACACCUCAUAGCCCACAGUCACGACGACGUGGGUUGGAUGGAGACGGCCGACGGCUAUUACGACGACUAUACCGGCAAAAUCAUAACAAACGCCGUGAUCGAAUUGGAAAAGGACCCUGCUCGUCGCUAUACCCAAGCUGAAAUCUACUUUUUCCACCGCUGGUGGCGCACACAGACUGACGAGCGCCGGCAUGUGGCCCACAAACUGGUAGCUGAGGGACGGCUGGUGUUUGUGAACGGAGGCUGGACUGUGAACGAUGAGGGCUCAGCUCAUUAUAAUAAUAUUAUUGAUCAGAUGACACUUGGUUUAAAAUUUUUAAACUCUACAUUUGGCGAGUGCGCUCAUCCCAAAGUAUCAUGGCAAAUUGAUCCGUUCGGGGCCUCCCUGGAGAUGCCCUCACUAUACGCUCAGAUGGGUUUUGAUACACACGUUUACAACAGGGGUCCAGACCUGGGAGAGUACAUAUGGGACACAUCCCGGGACUUAAACACACGUAUAUUUACCACGAUAUUACACAACGCCUAUAACCCACCCGAUGGCUAUAAUUUUGAAGAUGGUAAAAAUACUAUUACUGAUGUAAAUGUGCAUGAUAAGACACAAAAAUUUAUCGGCAUCUCGCGCCAGUGGAACAAAGAUUAUGGUAAUACCAAUCAUGUGAUGCAGACAAUGGGCGGGGAUUUUCAGUAUAGGACAGCUAAUAAUUGGUUUGACAACAUGGACAAAAUGAUCAAGGAGGCUAAAGCUAAUCACCCUGAUGUUAAUUUAUUUUAUUCAACCCCCGAGUGCUACGUGAAGGCAGUGAACGGUCUGAACCGUACAUAUGAUGAGCGCACUGUUGAUUACCUGUCGUAUUGGGUCGGCUAUUAUGCAAAUAGGCCUGCUCUCAAGUAUCAGGAUCGAUUAACCAAUAAUAUACUUCAGGCGGCGAAACAGCUGUCAGUAUUGGCCCGUUUGGACCCCUCAAAGACGGGCUCAUAUAUAGCCGAAGCGAGUAAUGAAGUGGCAGUACUGACACAUCACGACGCCAUCACCGGUACGUCACCGCAGACCACAUCCGACGACUACACACAACGGCUGCAGAGCGGAUACGCGGCCGCCAAACAAGUCAUACGUCGGGCCUAUAGUUAUCUCAAAUCGACGGACACCGAGAAACCGGUGAUCGUAACCGACGUGUACUGCGAUUCACUCAAUAUAACCGACUGUACACUAACUGAGAGCGCGGAUCGGGUGGCCGUCACUGCCUAUAACCCGAUCGCCCGACCCGUCACUCACUACUUGCGAGUACCGGUCACUGACGGUGUGUAUCGUGUGUUUGACUCGACCGGUGCUGAAGUGGCGGCCAAAUCACUGCUACCGGUGUCCGAAGCGGUCAGACUAUUGCCCGAACGUAAGGGUAGUCUCGGCACACAUGAACUGGUGUUCAACGCAAAGCUACCGGCGCUCGGAUAUACCACGUAUUUUGUUGAGAAACACAAAGCCAUCGAUAAGGACCCUUUGAUGCAUGUGUUGACCGGUGAGCGCACGGCCGCCGCCAUUGAAAUGAAAGGAAAAUCAUUUACACUAGAAGUAGACGGGACUACCGGUGCUCUCCAGACAAUUACACUUAACGGACAGAAACACAGACUCAACCAAUCGUUCAAAUGGUAUAAAUCAAUUGGCAAUCAGACGGGUCUCGAGGACUCCGGGAGUUAUCAUUUCUGUCCGGACGGCAACGCCCGGGACUACGGCCAACAGAAGCUGAUCUCAAGGCAUACGUCGGGUGCCGUACAUGAGCUGAACCAACAGUUUGCCGAUUAUAUACACCAAACGGUACGCACUUAUGAGGACAGGGAUUACAUUGAGUUUGAUUGGACGGUCGGUCCGAUACCGAUGGCCGACAAGAUUGGCAAAGAGAUUGUCACCCGAUUUGAGUCCGAUCUCCAGACCGAUGGCGUGUAUUAUACGGACUCUAAUGGCCGGCAGACUAUACGCCGGAAAUACAACCCUAACAUCAAAGGCUGUACUAAUAGCGUGAUUACCGCCAAUUGGUUUCCCAUUUAUAGUCACGCGUCCAUAAAGGAUGAGAAUCAG